AUGAAAUGUAUGUUAAUUUCAUAUUAUGUUAUAAGAAAUCUCUCAAUUAAAAUUGUAUAUUCAUAUAUAUUUUAAAAUAUAGAUUGGAAAAAUUAAUUUAUGAGAUAAUUUAGAGGGACUUGGAAAAGAAGAGGGGGAAAUAAUAAUAAUAGACCUUUAAGAGGAGGAAAUUAAAAUUUUAGAAAUAAUAGAAAUAAUAACAAUAGAUAAAACAAUCAACAAGGAAACUUUAAAAAUAAUUAAUUUAGAAGAUAAUCAAAUUAUAAUUCUGGUUAAAAUAGAUAAAGAAAUUAAAAUAGAGGAAGUGGAUCUUAAAGAGGAAGAGGAAAUAAAUAAGGAUUUUAAUAACAAAAUACAUAGCGUAAAAGAAGAUUAGGUUUCAAAUAAAAAAAUUAGAAUGUAAAUUUUAUAUUUAUUUAAUAGGGUGAAAAGUAACAAAAAUUUAUUAAAACAGGAAGAAAGAAUAGAAUUAAUUCUGAUGUUUAUAAAUUAGCCAAGGAUAUAUAAAGUAAAUUACAUAAUAUAACAUAUAUAGAAAAAUCUAAAAUGGAAUAAGCUUUAGAUAAUUAUUGGAAAAAAGGUGAUCAAUAAAAGAAUGAAAAGUAUACUUAAGAAACAAAUAAUGAAAAAUGA